CAAACAUUGGUGCCCACUGUUGUUACAUCUAAACAUGCCCCCCGAUGAGGCGGUGGUGUUUUCUGGCAGCCCAGUAACGGACCUCUGACACCGCCGAGUGAAUGAUUGAAUGAGAGUUGACAGUGGUAGUACAACUUGAACCGGUGAUAGAAACAAACGCAGGGGACGGAGCCCGCGGUAGAAACGCCUCAGACCCGCACCGUCAACACGGAGACAUUAGCAACACGUUAGCCGGAGCGGUUUGAUGCGACGAGCUAGCGCCUCGUUAAGCUAGCCAGCAGGUCCGAUUAGCCGCGUAGCUAAUGCUAGCCUAUUUAUAGUGGACCUGUGCUCCCAUCGGCGGGGAAAUCGUUAGGCGAUUAGUAUUGACAGCCUAAUCCGAGAGGCUUUUGUGUAUCCUAUGAUCUCGCAGCGCUGUUAGCCUGUACCAAAAUGUCCACCACUUCGUUGGAUAAAGAAUUACAGGAGCGUCUGAGAGAGGCGUCUGCCAUCGGGGACAUAGACGAAGUGCGGACAUUGGUGGAGAGUGGAGUGAAUGUUAAUUCACAGAACGAAAUCAAUGGAUGGACGUGCCUGCAUUGGGCCUGCAAGAGGAACCAUAAGCACAUAGUGUCCUACUUACUCAGUUGUGGAGCGGACAAAGAAAUCCUCACAGCUAAGGAUGAGUUGGCCUCGCAGCUCACAUCCAAGCCCGAGAUCAAACGACUCUUAGGAGUUGAAGUGGAGGAAGUGCCUGAAGUCAAAGAGCCCGAGCUGCCAAUCAUCCCCAACUACCUGUCCAACCCGCCCUUCAUGUAUUCCAAGAUGGAUAACAAGUCAGAGAUCAUCCUGGCCCGGCAUUUAACGCAGAACGGUUCUGGAGAACACGACGAGGACACGCAAAGCGACUCGGCCUCCCUUUCCCCGACUCACGAGCCCCAGAAAUCACAGAGCCUGGUCUCCGAAAGCUCCUCUCCUCCUCCCCCUCAAAACCCCAGCACCCGCAGCCAGGCCCAGGCAGGGGAGUUCAUCCCUGUGACGGAGCAAAACGGCGUGUCUCCCGGCUCGGCCUCGUCCUACAACAACCACGCUGUUGUUAACUGCACGGUGCCUAUGGACCUGUCGGUUGAGCCGCACCUCAUCAACCACGCUGACUACCCACACUCGGUCGCGCACAACGGCACCAUGUGCUCGUCUCCGUUGCCCUCACCCAGCCCCAGCUUGGCCAGCAGUGGUGGGGGCCAGGUCCAGGCCCCGGUGGCCGCCGCGAACCCAACUAUGAGCCGGCAGCAGUCCAUCCCACAGCAGCUGAGCUACAGCCAGGCUGGUGGGGCCAUGCCGGCCUUCCAGCCUUUCUUCUUCACCAGCACCUUCCCCGUCAACGUGCAAGAGCUGGUACUCAAGGUGCGCAUCCAGAACCCCAACGCACGGGAGAACGACUUCAUCGAGGUGGAGCUGGACCGCCAGGAGCUCACCUAUCGCUCCCUCCUGAGAGUCUGCUGCCGCGAGCUGGACAUCAGCACCGAACACGUGGAGAAAAUCCGCAAGCUGCCAAACACCAUGUUGAGAAAGGACAAGGACGUGGCUCGGCUGCAGGACUUCCAGGAGCUGGAGGUUGUGUUGGAGAAAGCGGAGGGCCUGUCUCUUUUCUCUGGGACAGGGGGCCUGACAGACAGACCCUGCUACAACAUGAAGGCCUCCCGCCUCACCUACUAGAGCUACCAACAAGCCCGAGGUCUCCCCGCUCAUGAUGGGCUUCUGUAGCUAAAGCAACCGUUACUAGUUGCCCGCCCAGGCCCCUUGUUACAGCUUUGUCCGGCUUUGGUGUUUGGCCAAUUUCCCAACUGGGAUUUGUUCUUUCAAGUUCUGUAGCUAUCGCCCUCCUCCUGUCCUCUGGCCCUCCUGCCGCUUUAGUGUACCCAACCAGUUCUAAGCGAUUACUGAUGCAUGGUGUCCUCGAUUAUGUGCGAGAGUACUCGGGCCCCUCUUUCUCUCUCCACUCUUUAUCUCUUUCUCUCCUCCCACCGCACUUUGUGCCAAGACUCCAGUGGGACAACAGAGGGAGACAUCGGCCUGUCUUCCUUAACAACUGGACUUGAAUGGGAAUUCUGCAAUAGCCUUAUAUGGACACAACCUGAGACUGGCUGUGGACUGUGGCCACAGAGGGACACGGUCUGAUAAGACCGAGAGCAGAGGACGACAGGAAGGAUUUACGUAACUCUUAACUCAUCUGUUCAUCACCAGUCCACAGGGAAAGGACAGCGGACUUGCACACAGUAAACUGACCCACAGAGUGUUAUCAGAUAUUCUAGCCGGCGUACACACUUUCAUAUAUGCUGUAGGCAGAAAACCUUAGUGUCUUUUCCUGCAGAGGGCAUCCAUUACUGCCCUGGUUCUUUUAAAGGUGGAAGUAAUCUCACACCAGGUGAGACUUUGGACUAAUAGUACUUUUAUUUGGCAACCACAUGUUCAGUAUGCUUUAAUCUCCAGCCACACUUAGGAUGGAUGAGUCUGAGUACUGUCUACUCUACAUAUUUAAAUCAUCCAGUCAUAACACUGUGGAAAAAGAAAUAAUUCGCUUUGUUUGAAUUGUUCUUUCGUGUUGUUACAUGUCCGGGAAAAAGAAACAAAACAAAAAAACUUCAGUUAUACCGUAGACAUAAAUGUGUAUCAACUUGAAGCAGGACUCGCUCAAUUUCUUUUAAUUCUACAACGCAUUUUCACUUCUGCUUUGCAGGGUGCGCUAUCCGUUUGAGUCAGCCUAACAUUUAAACUGUCAACUGUGAAGUAUUUAUUUGAACUUUUUUUUUUUAGUUGUAAUGAUUUGUGCUAACAGAGUAACGAGGCUCGAGUCCCAGCAAAGGUUGCGAGUGAGGCUCCCACUUGAUUUAAAGUCAUCAAAUACUUUUCCGUUGCUGUACUUGUGUUUAACUGUGAUUAUUAGAAUCAAAACCAAAAACUAAUCUAGCCAGCAAAGAUACUAACUGAACUAUCACUACUUAAGACAUCCCCACCCCCAAUCAAAGAGGAAAUAAGAUAUAUUAAAGGACGUGAUUAUCUAUGUUUGUGACACUUCAUGUUAUAAUGAAUGCUUCCUUGUUUCCCCGACACUCGUCCAAAUGAUAUUUUCUGACAUGAUUAUCUUUGUGUCAAGUUAAACCUAGGCUAUCUAUAUGGUGCCCGGCUUUCUUUAAAACGCACUGAAAGCCACGCAGAAUAGCAGUAGCUACAGCUUUAGCUUGGUUCUCAAGGCCAGUUUAGUGCUAAUAAUUAAAGGUGCGCUGUGUAGUUUUGGGGCCGAAAUUUUAAAUGGAAGAGGAAGAAAAAUCUCCAUUGCCUGAUUUUCAAGCUUAAACGAACAGACUGUUUUCAUGACUGAAUGAACUGAAUAAACAAACUGAGCUUGAAGGACAACAAAUUCAUACUGUUUUACUGUGUUUAUACGUGGCGGACCCUGCCACCUUUCUAGCUUUGAACGCUGUUCUCGGGUCCUCAUUGUACUCUUGAGGAAGGCUUAUUUAUUCAGCUGUUUCUGAGUUCUGUUAUUACCUCACCAAUGUAAAUGUCAAUUGUAAAUGUUACCUUUUGAGUUUUCUGAAUUUCUUUCCCAAAACUACAUAGUGCACCUUUAAGUUUUCCUUUUAAAAAAACAGUGUAUAUUAAGGAUUUAACUGACGAGAGGCACAGCCCCUGGUUGUGUCAGGUGGUCAUGCUUAUGCUGCUUUCAUCAACACUUUAUAUUUCAUUUUGAUUCUAAAUGCUGGGGCUCCGUUUUAUUUGAAGCAGUGCGGUAGGCGGCCACCACACAUGUCCUACAAUCAAAAAAAAAAAAAGAAAGGCUUCUUACCGAGUGGUAACUGUUUACUGUUCAGAUGUAUACCUGAAGCUCUUACUGUUAUUUGUAUGUUUUAUGAUCUAUUUUUUAUUAAUUUGUAUAAUUUUUUUAACCAGCUUAGGCCUGUUGUGUUUGUGUCAAAGAAAAGUCUAUUAUCGUGCGAAAAGGAACGAGUUCAACAACGGGGACGAGAAAAAGCUGCUGAGACGCCGUUGUUGAAGCCAAGUGCAAUGUGGGAGCGGGUCGGGGAGAAUGUGUUUUCCAGAGAGUUUGCUGACUGUGAGAAGAGAAAAGACUACCAAGAGUGCUUAUUUUACGUUACCCAACGAUGUUAAAUGCUUUAUGAGGUGAAGUCGCGCCACAUGUUGAAGGGCAGGAGCUCGGUUAAGAAAAAGCGGGACAGCGCGUGGAGGGGGAAAACAGCCCGCGGGGCUAUUUUGUGCCCUGGGUGAGUGAGAGCAAGCAGCAUGUUCGAAAUGGGUUUUUAUAUAGGGUCUAAUUUUGACUAUGUGGAGAGGAGGUGACUAACAUUGUAUUUGUGGGGUUGCUUAUUGUUCUAGAAAAAGCAGAAUACAGUUUGACUUAACCUAUGCAUUCAGAGUCUGAUAUUUUUAUAUACAGUACGUCCUGUGUACUUGUAGAAAUAAUCUUAGGCACUGUUCAAGCUGUGUUUUUUUCGUUCUUGAGACCUGUAUCUGUUCUUUGAUAAAGCAUGGUGAAAUACUUGA